GUCAAGUCAAUGCCCACCGGGCACCCCCCCCCAGACCGCCUCCAGUUGUCCAGCUCCAAAUUCUCGGCGGGCAUCGUCGCACAGAACCCCAACUUGCAUUUUUACCACCUUGUUUUUUCCCCAUCCCGUCCACCGGCCCCUGGACGUCUGCAGAGAAAACCCAUUGUCUUGUCCCCCUCGACAACAGACAGACUCGAGACCUCUUCGACGGCAAUGACCACCAUGGCCCUCCGACUUUGACAAUCGCCCUCUUCUUCCCCUCACGACGGCAUCGAUUGUUGCGACGAACGCCUCUCCAUCCCUUGCUUCACCUCCUAGACCCCGAACCCAACAACGAACCGCCCUACGCAAUUCCCCAGGAACGAGGGGCGCGGGGGGUCAACCGCAAAACAAAAUAAAAUUCAUCACAUCCCCAGCCAACUACCGGUAGUCCAUAAAACUAGAAAGGCUCACGCUCACCUUUUUUUGGCUUGAUAAUGGGGAGAGCGAGGGCAAAAGCCUUGUGGAACUCCCAUGAUUGCCAAACCCAACCCCAAUCCCCACACCCCCGUUUGAGCAUCAAAUCCCCCCCUCUUCGGGUCACGCAUCCCACGUUUUGACGGCACACCGGCAGGGGGGUCAGGGUAGGAGCUGGCUGGUCGAUAUUGCAAAACCCACUUCCGCUCAGUCUGCACAAGGUGCCCAGACCUCGAAGAGCCGGUGACUUAUCCGUACACCUUCUCGCUCCUCCAGACCUCCAGGCCCAUUUUCUCUCUUCACCUCGGGUACACCAUACGAAGUGAUUUCAGAAUUCCGCUUUCGCUCAAGCCACACCUCACACCACGAUCUUCAAGCAAAAUUUCCGUUGUUGGGACCCGUCUAAUCGUGAUUUCUGCAGCUUACCGAGAAAAGCGCCGUCUCGUUUCGCCGAACACGACCUGUCCCGACGUCAAGGAACCGCGCAGCCCUUCAACCCGGCCGCCGUCUUUGUUCUCGGAAGCCCUAUCAGCCACCGGGACGCUUUCCCGCUCACACCACAACAGAAAGAAGUCGAGGGCAUUGUCUCUCGCCCUUCCUCACAUCGCGUCAUCUUCCGCCGCGGCCCAGACGGUUUCGACGUUUAAUUGCUCCAUGAGAGGACCUCUGGGUUGCUUGUUGAAGGAUAGAAGGUGACUUUGGACGGCGCUCCAUUGAUCAUCAGGGUUCAGGCUUUCAACAUGGCCGUGGUCAUUUCAUCCGAAGAGAAUAACUAUUUCUCUGCUUCAACGUUGCGCCGCUCUCACUCGCAACCAAAAUUCGUCACAAAAAACUCAGGGUUCCAUACCUCAUCCUCCACUUCACGGCUAGCAGAUCUUUACCCAGAGUCAACAAGAAGCUAUUCAAGCUCGAGCGUGUCUUCCACGCCAUCCUCGCCGCGCAUUAUUCGCAUUGACUCAUCAGACCAGCUGCGGUCAACAAAGUCUGGGACAAAAUUCUCCCUGGUGUCAGGUUGUGAGGAAGUCAGGAACGCCGAGUCGGUGACCUCGGAGGACGACAUCAUUUUCCCGCAGUACGAGGAGAGGGGUGGCUACUUCGGCCGCAUUGAGGUGUCUGAGCCUGCACCAAGUCCUCAGGCGGGUUACUCAUACACUUCGUCACCAAAUGACGAUGAGAACUCGGCAGCCACCUCACGGCCGGGGACACCCGACAUAUCAGAGAGAGCCGAGGAUGACAUCUCACUAAAGGUCCGGCCUUCUCGACAUGUGGACUACCUCUCGCAUAACUGGCGUGAGGAGGAUAUCUGGUCGUCGUGGAAGCUGAUCGUCUCAAGAAGAGGCGAUUACAGCGACUCUGCGCGGUUAGAAAAUGCUUCCUGGCGAACAUGGAUGAAGGCGAAAAACAAGCUGAGCACAGUCUCGCCUGAGACGCUUAACUGGCUCAAAGACUGCGAUGUAACGUGGCUUUAUGGCCCAUUACAGUCUGGUGCAUCCAUGUCAAACCCGCGAUUGAAAAACUCGAGCUCGCGGUUAUCAAAAUCGACCCCUCAAGAGAAGAAGAAGACCAUUUUGAAGAAGAGGACCAUGUCAGAAAUCAUGCUUCAGAGGUCCCUGUCAACGUCAUCGCUGGUUAAGCAAGCAGCGGCGGCAGUGCAGGCGCAGCAGAAGGGUGGGCUGAAACGAGGUGGUCAACGACCAGGACUCGAGCGUGCCACCACUGACUUUGUCGGCUUCCCAUUCUCUUCGCGAGGCGUCAGCCAUGACGGUACCAGCCUGUUCCCUUCCACAAGAUCAUCCGGCAUCACAUCUCCAUUCAACGAGAAGAAGCACAUCCAUUUCAACGAGCAAGUGGAGCAGUGUAUUGCGGUUGAGAUCAAGGGUGACGACGACGAGGACGACGAGCCUGUCCGCUAUGACAGUGACUCGGAUGACGGUGCCAUCAUGAUGAAGCGAUCAGCCAUCAAAAAGAGAAGACCAACCAUGAGGAGGGCCGCGAGCCAUGCUGGCAACAUGGAAAGCAAAACAAUCGCCAUGCUGCCGUCGACCACGUUGAAAUACCGGGACGACACGCCGGAGCCGACGGAGACGGCCAUGAAGCACAGCACGGGAAUUUACAAGAACUCGCCGGUAUCCCCAUCUUCCUCUCAGGAGACAUUGCGGCCAUCCAAGAAGUCCGGCAAGCUCUUUUUUGCGAGCGACGACGACGACGACGACGUCAGUGACGAUGACGAUGACGAGCCCGUCCGGUUUAGCAGCAAGAGCACCAGCGCCAGCACCAGCUCUAGUCUCGGGGCCAGCUUUGGUGAAGGCGGCUCUGGAUUGCGUCGGUCAACCUCGACAUCCAGUCUUUCGGCAGAACCAGUGGGGAUGCGACGAACAUCGUCGGGGAUGUUUAUGCCUUACGAAGAAGGAGAUUCGGAAUCAUCGAGCGGAACCGGCCUCAUCGGCCGGGUUAUUGAUACGGUAAAUACGGCCCGGGACAUUGUCCACGUUAUCUGGAAUGUUGGGUGGAGGAAAUAA